UCUCAAUCUUGUCCCUCCCAUCUUAUCGCGUGCAUAUCACGUGAGAAAUGAGCUCGCAUCUUCGUCCCCAUUUCGUAAAAAACUGUCAAAAAUUUUCAGAUCGAUCAAACACACAGUUUCGUUUUUCUCGCUGAAAAUCUCUGUUGUAUUGCCCCAAAUUUCCAAUCCUUGGGUUCGUGUCCAGACUCGGUACUGUCCUCUCUUCCUAAGGUGCAUAGAGUAAGGCAUUAGGAUUUGGGAUUUGAUUUUGAUCAGCAUGAAUUACCUGAUUGGUGCUUUCAAGCCAGCCUGCAACGUUUCAAUCACAUUUUCGGAUGGAAAAACUCGCAAGCAGGUCCCGCAAAAGAAGGAAAAUGGUCAAACAGUUUUGGUCCCACUUUUCCAAAGUCAAGAAAACAUUGCUGGGAAGAUUUCUAUAGAACCAUUUCAAGGGAAGAAGGUUGAUCACAACGGUGUGAAAGUUGAGCUCCUUGGCCAGAUAGAGAUGUAUUUCGAUAGGGGAAACUUCUAUGACUUCACUUCCCUUGUCCGUGAACUGGAUGUACCAGGAGAUAUAUAUGAGAGGAAAACAUAUCCAUUUGAAUUUUCUACAGUUGAAAUGCCAUACGAGACAUACAAUGGGGUGAAUGUGAGGCUAAGGUAUGUCCUGAAAGUCACAAUCAGUCGCGGUUAUGCUGGUAGCAUCGUGGAAUACCAGGAUUUUGUGGUUCGCAACUAUACCCCACAACCAUCAAUUAACAACAGCAUCAAGAUGGAAGUUGGAAUUGAAGAUUGCCUACACAUCGAGUUUGAGUAUAACAAAAGCAAGUAUCAUCUGAAAGAUGUUAUUAUUGGUAAGAUAUAUUUUCUUCUUGUAAGAAUCAAGAUAAAAAAUAUGGAUCUGGAGAUCAGGCGUCGAGAAUCAACAGGAUCGGGGGCCAAUACCCAUGUUGAGACAGAGACACUUGCUAAAUUUGAGUUGAUGGAUGGCGCUCCAGUCAGAGGUGAAUCAAUUCCAAUCAGACUGUUCCUUAGCCCUUACGAAUUGACACCUACGUACCGAAACAUCAAUAAUAAAUUCAGUGUGAAGUAUUAUUUGAACCUUGUUCUAGUCGAUGAAGAAGACCGACGGUAUUUUAAGCAGCAGGAAAUCACUAUAUAUAGGCUUCAGGAAACUUCCUCCUGAUUAAUCAUCUUACAGGGUAUGAACAUUUGAUUUCAGUUGGAAAGAAAAAGAAGACUAAAUUGCCUCAGAGCAACUUGUAAAGCUUUGUUAGGGUUGAUUUUGGUGGUGUGAGAAUCUUGUUUCUAUAAACGGCUAUAAAUAGCUUUGUAUUCUUGCCAGUGACAGUUUUCAUACAAAAUUGUUGCAAAUUAUGUACAUGGGCCAUGCUAGGGCGGGGAGGAUAUCGGCUUUCUGUUAUGAAAAAUCAACUGAGAUCUGCCAUUAUGACUUACUGUUGCAGCAAAGAUCUACGCUUUUGUUUAAAACUAUGGAGCAUCUAUUUAUUUUAUUUUAUUUUUUUCUUU